AUGUCUUUUCAAUCAAAGGAGGAUCUAUCCUGUUCUCUGUGCCAUGACAUCUUUAAGGAUCCUGUUAUCCUGACAUGUGGCCACAGCUUCUGCAGAGGCUGUCUGAAGAAGUGGUGGAGAGAGACACAAAAACAGGUGUGUCCACUUUGUGAGAGGAGAUCAUCAAGGAGAGAGCCGCCUCAAAACCUGGCAUUAAAGAACCUGUGUGACGCUUUUUUACUGAGGAGAGAUCAGAGAUCCUCAGCAGUGCCUGAGCCUGUCUGCAGUCUGCACUCUGCGAAACUGAAACUCUUCUGUCUGGAGCAUCAGCAGCCAGAGUGUGUCGUCUGCAGAGAUUCAAAACCACAUAAAACCCACAGAUUCCAACCCAUCCAUGAAGCUGCACAGGAUCACAAAGAGACGCUCCAGAAAUUCCUGAAGCUCUUACAGGAUAAACUGAGAGAAGAGGAGGCCAGGAUCUCUGCUCUGCUGAAGGAAGAUAAGCAGAAAAGCAAAUUUAUGAAGGAGAAGAUUGAGGGUCUGAGCAGAGACAUAGCAGCUCUUUCAGACACAAUCAGAGUCACACAGGAGGAGUUGAGAGCAAAAGAUGUCUCUUUCAUGCAGAACUACAAGGCUGCAAUGGAAAGAGUCCAGCAGCACCCCCUGCUGGAUAAUCCAGAGCUGGUCUCAGGAGCUCUGAUAGACGUGGCCAAACAUCUGGGCAACCUGACCUACAAUAUCUGGGACAAGAUGAAGGAGAUGGUCUCCUACACUCCUGUGAUUCUGGAUCCAAACACUGCUCAUCCAGAACUCACCCUGUCUGAAGAUCUGACCAGUGUGAGACAUGGAGAGAAACAAGAGCUUCCUGACAAUCCAGAAAGGUUUGAAUAUCACUGUGUCCUGGGCUCUGAGGGCUUUAACUCAGGGACUCACAGCUGGGAUGUGGAAGUUGGAGACAGUACAGACUGGGCUUUAGGUGUUUGGAGCAAGUCUGGAGUUUGGGUGGUUGCUUUCUCUGCUGGUGAAUACAAAGCAUUCUCUAGACCCGAUAAAGAAGCCGUUCUCUACGUGGUGAAACUCCGGAGGAUCAGAGUUCAUCUGGACUAUGAUGGAGGGAAACUGUCAUUCUCUGAUACUGAUACUAACACACACAUACACACCUUCAAACACUCCUUCACUGACAAGCUCUUUCCAUGUAUUGGUAGUGAGGAUGAACUGCCAAUUAAGAUUUUGCCAUGGAUGUAG